AUGCUCCCCAGUCUUGUUACGCCCGUGGUCAUCUCGGAAAUUAACGUCACAGAGACGGAUUUGGCAAAUGCCAGCAACGACACUGCGAUGACCGCAGCGCCGACAACAACUUAUACAUUGACCGUCACCAGAACCUCCACGCAAACAUGGGCUGCUGGCGAAGAGGCCACGAACACUAGCCGAGACGAUGCUACGGGGCGUCCUCUCCCUUCUACGACCACAACUUCUGCUGACGACAGCGACGAAGAGGAAGACAGUGACAAUACAACAACACGAUCGAAAACCCCCACCGAAGAG